UCCCUUGGACUUGAGUAGGAAUCCGUUGACAAGCACCAAGCUUUUCAAGAUGGCCCUUCUCACAAUUCUUAGAAUUCUUUUUUGGGGAAUGGUGUUUUUUAUGGAACACAGGGUCCAAAUGGCAAAGGCAGGAUGGCCUUCCAACACCCCCCUUGCUGACGAACCCACAUUGCCCUUGAUUCUGAAUCUGGCAAAAGAAGCCCCUGACAAGGAGAUGAAGCCAUGGCCCCAAGGAUAUCCCCUGAGGUAUAUGCUGAAAUUGUACCAGCGUUCGGCUGACCUGCAUGGCCAUCCUAGGGAGAACCGCACGGUUGGAGCUAAAAUGGUGAGGUUGGUAAAGCCCUCAGCCAAUGCAGUAAGGCCUCUCAGAGGUUCCUGGCAUGUACAGAUCCUGGACUUUCCUCUAGCAUCAAACGAGGUAGCAUACCAACUAAUCCGAGCCACUGUGGUUUACCGUCAUCAACUUCAUCUAGUUCAUUACCAUCUCUCCUGCCACGUGGAACCUUGGGUCCCCAAAUGCCUGACCAAGCACUUUCCUUCUUCUGAAGCAGGUUCCUCAAAGCCACCUCCCAUGUCUAAAGCCUGGACAGAGAUGGAUAUUACACACUGUGUUCAACAGAGGCUCUGGAAUCGCAAGGGGCCGAGAGUCCUUCGCCUCCGCUUUAUGUGUCAGCAGCAAAAAGGCAGUAAGGUUCUUGAGUUCCAGUGGCGUAGCAUGUCAUCCUUGGAUGUCGCCUUCUUGCUACUCUAUUUCAAUGACACUGACAAGAGUGUUCAGGCUAAACUUCUUGCACAAAGCCAAGAGGAGUUCAUUGAUAGGGAAUCUUCUCUUCUUGUGCGGAGUGCCCGGCAAGUAUGCAGCAUUGCCUCUGAUGUCCCUUGUCGUUCUCAGGAACAUGAUGGCUCUGUAAAGAACCAGUGUUCCCUCCACUCGUACAAGGUCAGCUUCCGUCAACUAGGCUGGGAUCACUGGAUCAUUGCUCCCCGUCUCUACACUCCAAAUUACUGUAAAGGAAUCUGCAGUCGUGUGCUACCCUAUGGUCUCAAUUCACCCAACCAUGCCAUCAUUCAGAGCCUUGUGAAUGAACUAGUGAAUCACAGUGUACCUCAGCCUUCCUGUGUCCCUUAUAAUUUUCUUCCUAUGAGUAUCCUUCUGGUUGAGGCAAACGGGAGUAUCUUGUACAAGGAGUAUGAGGGUAUGAUUGCCCAGUCCUGCACAUGUAGAUAACAGUGGAGUUGUAGCUAUCUCAGAUUUCCUAAGAAACUGGAGAAGAUAAAGCAUUAUCAGUGUUAAAGCUGACAGUGAUCUACCCAGUUUACAGGUUCUAUUCCUUAUCCUAAAAAAACAAAUAUUGUGCUUAUGCUUAAAAUAUAAGAUCACUUUAAAGUCUAUAAAUUAAAUGUUAGGAUCAAGUCUUAAUAUUUUAAAAAAGUAAUUUAAAAUGCCAUGAAAUAGUUAUCUUUAGUAUUGUUUAAACCUCUUCCCUCAUUUGUGAGCUCCUCAAUUUAUAAAAGUGUUUCUGGUACUGGUAGCAUAGCAUGGAUCAGUAUGAUUUAACUAGUUAGAGUCCUCAAUGCUUGGAUAAGAUGUUUUUCUGGAGAUGUGCGAGUAUGUCAUUUUUAUUGUGACUUUGGGUGAAAAAAGACAACACUGGUCCAUGAAAGUAGAACAUGUGGAGUCCUGGAGAUGACUUCAUUCUGGCCUCACCUGUUUUGUGUGUCCUGCUGGAUUCUUCUGGGCUGGGUCUCUGGUAGACAACCUUGCUGCUUGAGAGGAAGUAUAGAACUCUUCUCUGGGUCUAAAUGAUAUGUGUAGUAUGACUCCUUGAGUUUCUUUCCCUUUUGUGGUGCUGAGGAUAGUAAGCAAGUGCUCUAACACUGUGCUGUAUUCCCAGCCCAACUUGACUCCUCCAUAAUCCUGCAUUUAAGUGUUGGUACAAUAUUGCAAAUAAAUGAUGCUUUUCUUGUUAAAGACAGUCUUGAAUGCUUUGGAGAUUGAGAGAUUGGGAAGAAGGAAUUUAUAUCUUUUGUUCCCUAUAGCUAUGAUCCAGAGAUCUACCCUAAUCUCUGAGGGAUAGGGCAAGAGGCUCCUUUGAAUUUGCUCUCUGGGCAACACUACUAGCAAGCAGCUCUCACUAAUUUGCCUAUUAGAGAUACCCAGUAUGUCUCGGGACCUGCAUAGCUAUUGACUAGCCUUAUCACCAUUCUCAGUGGGAUAGGACCUGACUUAAGGGUGAAGCCAUGUGCUUGCCACUGCUAAUUCCUAUCUGUUUAUUCACAUUUAUCAUAAGUUAACUCAGUUAAUUGUUAAUCUUUUCCCAACAGUUGAUGCUCACUGUACUGAAUAUCUAGAGAUCUAUUCCUUGGCAUCAAUUUGCUCUCAAAUCUACUUAGAAAUCAAUUUGGGCUUUACUAUUCAUCUCUUCAGUGUUCUCAUGACAACGCAGUUUCAAGUAGCCAUGUCUCCUCUCUUCUCAUAAAAUCGCCUGCUUUCCCUUAAUAUGCCAUAGUGCUAUUGUCUUCCCUGAAAAAAAAAGAUGGAGCUCCCUUUGAAGGUUUUACUUGUCUCGUGACUAUGUUCUGAAUGCCUAGAGCUGAAAACUUAGGAAGUCCUUCAAUGAACACAAAAAGUUGACAAUUUUUUUUGUAUGUGUGACAUGGAAUACCCCACUAUUUAUAGAUUUGUAUGUUU